AUGGCCCUGGGACUGGCAGUUCCAAAUUUUUGUUCCAUUCGUUAUGGAAUUGCUCUCUUACUGCUCCUCUGUAAUGUUAUAGUAAUGUCACAGCGCGUGUGUAUGAGCCUCACAAUGAUAGCCAUGGUGAACAGCACAGAGCCACAUGGUUUGUCCAACACCUCCACAAAGGAGCCACAGGAUAACAUAAAGAACCCUGUGUAUAACUGGAGCACUGAAAUCCAGGGGAUCAUGUUAAGUUCCAUCUUCUACGGUAUUCUCAUCAGCCAAAUUCCUGCUGGAUACUUAUCUGGAAUAUACUCCUUAAAGAAAAUGGUUGGUUCCGCAUUGUUCCUCAGCUCUCUGUUUACUGUGCUCAUCCCACUGGCAGCUGAAUUUGGAGAAGCUUUGGUCAUCAUAUGCCGAGUAAUCCAGGGACUAUUCCAGGGGAUAGCAUUAACAACUCAGCAAGUAGUAUGGAUCAAGUGGGCUCCUCCCUUGGAACAAGUCCGACUUACCUCUCUGAGUUUAUCAGGACUUCUGCUAGGACCCUGUGUUGUCCUACUUAUAACAGGAUUCAUCUGUGACUCCCUGGGAUGGCCUAUGGUCUUUUAUAUUUUUGGUGCUUGUGGUUGUGCCUUAAGUCUUCUCUGGUUCGUUCUGUUUUAUGAGGACCCAAAGGACCACCCGUGUAUAAGCAAAAGUGAGAAGGAAUACAUCACGUCCGCCCUCGCCCAGCAGGUCAGUUCAAGUGCACCAUCUCUGCCCAUCAAGGCUGUGCUUAAGUCUCCUCCACUCUGGGUCAUUUCCCUCUGUAAUUUUGCUUUUUUCUGGGCAAAUAGCUUCCUGAGUCUGUAUACACCAAUGUUUAUCAACUCCAAGUUUCAUAUUAAUGUAAAAGAGAAUGGGCUGCUGUCUUCCCUCCCCCAUUUGUUUGCCUGGAUUUUUGCUAUCCUAGCAGGUCAUAUGGCAGAUGUCUUCCUGUCCAGAAAUAUUCUCAGCCUACUCACCAUCCGGAAACUCUUCACCUUGCUAGGACUUCUCCUGCCCGCCCUCUUCAGCCUGUGCCUGCUUUACCUGAGUUCCAGCUUCCAUGGCACUAUGAUUUUCCUGAUACUUGCUAAUGCAACAGGAAGCUUUUGUAUGGGUGGAAUAUUAAUAAAUGUCUUGGAUAUUGCUCCCAGAUAUUAUGGAUUUCUUAAAGGAUUUACAAAUGUAAUUGGACUAACAGGAGGACUAGUUGCUUCCACUGUGACUGGAGUGAUCCUUAGUCAGGAUCAAGACUCUCCCUGGCUUAAAAUCUUCUUCAUGAUGGUAGCCAAUAAUGUGAUAAGCCUAAUCUUCUACCUUAUAUUUGCUAAAGCAGAAAUUCAAGACUGGGCUAAAGAAACACAAAACACUUAUCUCUGA